GUAGUCAGUGUUUGCCAAGUUGGCACUAUCAUAAUGUGGCUGAUUGACACUGGCCAGAAGGUCAAACAGUUCAGUAAGGCCCAUGGCAGUUCAGAAGUGACCUGUCUUACUCAAGAUCCAUCUGAAACCCGACUUUUCACUGGCAGCACAGAUGGAACUGUUAAGGUUUGGGAUUUCAAUGGACAUUGUUACCAUAACCUUGAGUGUGCAGGAGGUCAGCCAGCUGAUGUUGGACAAAUACUGGUGCUAAAGAGAUCUGUUGUGGUGGUGGGAUGGGCCAGGUGUAUCACAGUCUUCAGAAACAGUGCAUUUAAGGAAUUUCAUGUGAAGCCUUCAGAAUGGAAAGGAGGACAGGAACAUGCUGAAGACAUUUUGUCAUGUGCUUUUAUGAGUCCUCACACUCUUGCAACGGGCUCAUAUGAUGGUGAAAUCGUCAUAUGGAACACAAAUUCUGAGCAUGCGUCACGUCACUGUGCACAUAGAUCUCGUCGCAAUUUGAAAUCUAGGGGACAAAACUUCACACCUUCAAUAGUGAAGGAGUAUAGCACCUUAUCGGUCAGCAAGCGUGUCAUGGAUGAUACCAGAAGUAGACUUUCAGAACUCUCUAGGAACAAUUUGAAACGAUCAGCCAAAAGUAGGUCAGGGACUAGUCUUUCAUCAAAAACAAUAGAAGAACAGAGUGAUGUCGGUUGGGCGGUCGUUCGUCUGAUCUUUCUUGAAAAUCGCAGAAACACAGCGGCCUCUAGCGGUGCCAACUUGGUGUCAUGUGGUGACAGGGGGUGGGUGCGUUUCUGGAACACAGCACAGUGUACACUUGCUGCUGAGUAUGUGGCACAUGAGAAGGUUGGAAGUAUUAUCAUGGCUACAGACCCAAGCAAUCACUUCAUUGCCACAGCUGAUGCAGAAGGAUUUGUCAAAGUGUGGGACAUCCAAGAGUAUGCUGUUAGCUCAGUGGAUCAACCCAUCACUGAUCCCCCAUUACUGGUGUCACAGUUUCAACCCCAUGAUGACCAGAUUAACUCACUGGAGAUCUUGGAGAGAAAUGAAAGAUUACUGAUCAUCUCUGCAUCCUCUGAUUGUACUGUAGCAGUGUGGGACAUUAAUGGUAUUAGAAUUGGCAUAUUUGGGCAGGAAGAGCACUGGAAAAUAGAACCGUAUCAGCCACCUAAAGAAAUGAAAGCUGACAAAAUACAGCAGAGAGAGGAGGAUAAUAAUUCAGUUACCCCAUCAGAAGAGGUGAAUGAAGAUCCUCAGUGGGAACCAUGCAAAGAAGCCAUCACUGAGCCACACACAUAUAGGGUCAACACCUGGGACAAGACUGUAUUAGGUAAACAGUACCAAAGCUUGAGAGUACAAAAAAGGGAGAGAAAGCAGCCGACCACAAUUCCAGAUCUGCCUUAUCUUCAGUGGGAGAAGACUGGAGCUUUGCUUGCUGGGCCUUAUUCUGCAUUACAGACCCAAGAACUGAAACCUGUGCAAACUUUGAUCAAACCUGAUGCAGAAAAAUACUUCUAUAAAACACCUCUAAAUGGACAGUUUCAAACGAGGUUGCCUGCCCUUGCUGAAACUUUAACAACAUCGUUUGAUGAGAAAUCAAUGUUUCCAAGUUAUAUCUUGGAGUUUGAGAAAAAGAUGAAGAAUUACCACAUAGUUUUGCUCAACCAGAACCAGCCUGGAAGGAAAAAUGAGCCAUCACCAGUUCAGAACUUUGGGUCACAAAAUGAACAAAUAGGUGCUAUUGUUCCAUUGUUUGCUCACCGGAACACUUCAUCUAAAGGGCCUGUUGGAAUAAAGAUGCAGUCUGUAUCAGGAAUACAGAAGAGCUCUGCUUCUGUGGCUUCUUCAUUCACUAUGGAUUAG